GUUUCUCUGGAAAGAGAUCUCACUAAACUAAAACAACAGGACUCCUAUUGUGAAAAAGAUCUUCAUCAAGUAAAGAGCCUGCAGCCUUUCCCUUGGCAGACCCCUUUGAUACACACAUGAGCCAGUCCCCUCCUCCUCUGCCUCACCUCAAUCCCACCCUCUCCUGCUACUGCUGGGGGGCUGGUCUGAGCUGGCUGCUGAGCCCCAAAGGAAUGCUGGUAGAAACAUUCUCAGUUUCAGUGCAGUGAGCACACGGGUUGAGCACAGCUUGGCUGCACGAGACCUCUUUGUUAUUGCACACACACACUGCACAAAGGAAUUGCAAUAGUUCAAGCAAGGUAAUCCAAGUAAGAACGCACAAGUAAAGCUGUUUCAUGCAAAUUCAGCACAAGGGGAGAAAACCUGGGACUUCUGGAUGAGAUUUAGUAGUUUUUUGCUGGACCUAACCAAAAUCCUCAAGAAAGUGAUACUCCCAGCGCAGGAAGCAUUUGUAGGAUCCUAAGGAGAGAAUAGAGGAAGGCACUGACUGGAUGGUUGUAUGAAAAGCUUGGGUGAUAACGGAGGAGACACAACUGUGAGUGGCCAUUGAUGGCUCCCUGGAGCUCCCACUCUGCACAAUAAGCAAUGGCCUUGAGGUUAUGCCUGAGGAUACACUUGAAGAGAAAGACAGUAUUGGGGAUCUGCUUCUUGUUCGCCUUAACUCUACUAUUAAAUAAUAAUUUUUCCACAUUCCCAGCUGAAGGCAAAGUUAAGCAGAAUAUUAAACACAGGAAAGUUGUACGACACAAGCGGCUGUGGACUGACACCAAGAUCAAUUUGCUGAGUCUGCUUCAAAACUCUGACCAGAGAAGUUGGGAUUCUGAUGUACCGAGCUACAGGCAGGAAGUGCAGCCCUUCAUUAAGUCCAGCCAUGAUUGUAAGGAGAAGAGCACUUUAGGUCACAUUGGUGACCAACUACGUUGGAAAAGUAAUUCCCUUGAAACCAAAGAGAAGAGGGAAGCGACCAGGAAACGUAUUCGUGGUUUGGAUACACCUACACAUAUUAAGCCAAAGAACAUUAUUUUAAUCACCCACAAAAAGAGAAUUGAACAGUUUCCUGAAACUAACUUGACUGUAUUUGCUGUCCAGAUGUUUAAUAACAUUAAGCCAAAGGAUGCAUUUCCCCCCAAACCUUCUACAAUCAGAAAGAAUCUUCUGCAUAAUGGUCUUGGUAAAGUACAAUCAGUGGUGGCACACUACUCAGCACAAACAAGUGAUAUUCUUCCUUUGAAUAAGACUUCAGUCACGGCAAGGUCAAACAAAAAAGUCUCUAUUUUGAAAGGGAACAGUGACAGUGAGAGUUUAAGCUACGGCCAGAAAUCUUUCAUAAAGAACAAAAACAUUUCAGAUUUACACUGCUUACAAUUUCAACCAACAGAAAACCAAGAAUACCAAGCCAAGGCAAGAUUAGGAUUUAAUGAAGAAGCACCACCAUGGUUUACAUUAGAUGAUUUGAAAAAAAUCAGGCUAUUGUCAGAGGGUGAGAUUGUUGCAAAAUCUCGAAUCCCUGCACAUGGACAAGUUUUGCAGGUGGGUUUAUGUCCAAACCCUCUUGUUGGGAAUUGUCACCAAGAGAAGAUUUGUGCAAAAGGACUUUGUGGAUUAAUAAAGCGCCCUACUGAUUUAUAUGAAGUUCUGGCUUUCCACCUUGACAGGAUUUUAGGGUUAAAUAGGAGCCUGCCUGCAGUGGCCCGCAAAUUUACAAGCGACUUACUACCCUACAAGUACACCAAUGGUGCCACAAGACCAAUCAUAUGGUGGGCUCCAGACAUUAAGCACUUAAAUGACACAAACAAUGACCAAAACUCUCAUGCACUGGACUGGAUACAAUACCAGCAGAUGCUGAAGCAUAGGUGUGGCAUGAGGGACUCUUCAGUGAAUAUUAAUAGACCUCCUUGUCUGGGCAUCAAGCAUACAGAGUGGGCCAAACUGGCUCUUUUUGAUUUCCUCCUGCAGGUCCAGGAUCGACUAGACCGAUACUGCUGCGGCUUUAAUCCCGACCCAUCCGAGCCCUGUGUGGAGGAACUGCUACAUGACAAAUGCCGUAAUGCAAAGGGACUUGUUUUAGUGCAUAUCUUGGUGCGCAAGAGUAACCCAUCACGUUUAGUUUUCAUUGACAACGCGGGACGACCCCAUCACCCUGAAGACAACCUUAACUUUAGGCUUCUGCAAGGGAUAGAUGUGUUUCCUAGUUUAACCGUGCAAGUGCUGGAAUCGGGCUGUUUACAGAACAUGCUGCUAAAAUCACUGCAGUUUGACCAUGUGUUUUGGGAAAGCCAAGGGGGCUUUGAAGGCCUGAAGAAAUUAGCUGAAACCAUUGAUCGAAGAGGAAAGAUCCUGCUGCAGUAUAUAAAAGAGCAUAAGUUAACACUUGUCCCUGACCAUUAACGUUCACUUUUCUGCAAGAUGAGGAGUUGGAGAGAGUUACAUGAAAAAUAAUGCAGAAAAAUGCAUUUUGCUGCUAAUAAUAUAUCUAAUAGUUGCCAUGACGUACAGAUCAUGGCAGGAUGCUGAGGCACAAAUGGAACCCUAGAGACAGAGAGAAGUACAGCUCUGUCCCACCCCUUACUCUUGGCUUUUAAGCCCUGUAAAUCCUAUGCUUUCUGUCCUCCAUCCUUUAAUUGCAGCACUGACUUUAUGUGUACUUUAUUCCCACUGCUCAUCUGGACAUUUAUUUUUCUAAACACAAUCUGUCUCUGCUUUGUAGUAAGAGGCAUGACUUCCUGUGGACCAGACUUUCAUUUGUGGCAGCUUCUAAUGUAAACUUCUGCUGUGAACUGCAGCUUCCAACAAGCAGAAGCUGAUCUUGGACUAUGGCUGUAGUUCAUUAGUUUGGUAAAGGGUAACUAAGCAUAACAAAAUAUUGAUCUCAAAUCCAAAGUAAAACCUGCCCUUUACAAUGUUGCACAGAGCUGUUUUGAUAUAUAGCAAUUUUUUGUUAGAAAAGAUAUUGGGAUGCUCUCUGUCUGCGUGUACUUCUGUCCAACAAGAUGUAGAGGCAAACCAAGCUUUGUUUGAGGCUAUAUGAAUAAACUUGGCUUUACCAUAUUGCCACUUUUUCUGCAUAUGUUGAAAUUCCUGUCUGCUUUUUCUGUCUGAUACUGAGAAGUGUUGAAUUGAGUAAGCUCAUGGCAUCCAAGAAGUAGAGGACAUGAAAGGGGUGGUUCACCUUUGACUUAACUUUUAGUAUGAUGUAGACUAGAGAAUGAGAUUCUGCGACAAUUGGUUUUAAUUUUUUAUUAUUUGUGUUUUUUAUGC